UUCCUUCAGUGCUCGUUGAGAGAAGAACGCGCGCGCAUCCUACAUAAGACACCCUUUACGGUAUUGCCCUAUCGGACAAUAUUAGGACGGGAUCAACAAACCUUGCCUUAAAAAACAAAUCACGCGAUUUUGGACUCGAUUUUUUAUCGAUGUCUCCACCAUCAAUCAUUCGGAUCGGAUAAUCGAUUUUAACCCUCGUUAAUCGUGAUGGAACUGGACAUAUUUUGCAUUUUAUUUAAUGAACUGUGAACUGUGAGCUUUUAUUGAACUUAGUGAUAACUGAAGGAACUGUUAUGUGUUAAUAAGAUGGAGACUCUAGUUCUGAUUCCUCAGGAGUUGAGCCUGGCUUUGACCCCAGGGGGUGCUAGGGGUAGGGAGGCUUCGGUGAGCGUGUGGACAUCCGUGGAGGUGCAGAGGGGUGCGCUGCUCUACCCCUUUCAAGGGACGAUAAGGAUCGACAAGCUCCAUGUCUAUUCAUAUGUGCCUGACCAUGAUGUACGUCAUCGGUUUGGUCUAUUCGACGAAGUCUGCACUUCGGGUGGAAUCCAAGUCCGACAUUGCAAUUGGGUGCGAUUUCUUCGUGUGUCAGAGAAUUAUGGGCCGCAAGUGAACCUAGUCUGUACAAAAGUGAAGGGCGAACCUGUCUAUGAAGCAGUAAAGCCUGUGUCAGCUCACACUGAACUCGUUGUGUACUACCUACCUGAAAGACCUGAAGAACUGUUCUUUGUAAGAAUGAGGAAUAACUUGUACAGACAGACGAUGGAUUCUAUAUUAGAGGAUUCGCCGUUAGACCUAUCCACAUCCCUUCUAUCUAGAGUCCUAUUACCAAUAUCCCCUCCAUCAGGCACAGAAGACGAACACAAAUCUAUUUCUGGUGAUUCCUUAACAUCAUCAUCAGUGGCAUCAUCGACUGAAUUAUUAGAAAUGACACCAAAAAUCCAAAGAAGACCCGCGAAGUCUGAACGCGCUUUACUACCUUGCGAAGUUUGUGGCAAGGCUUUUGACAGGCCGUCGUUAUUAAAAAGGCACAUGAGAACACAUACAGGAGAAAAACCACACGUCUGCAUGGUCUGUAAUAAAGGGUUCAGUACAUCGAGCAGUUUGAACACGCACAGGCGAAUACAUUCGGGGGAGAAACCUCAUCAAUGCCAGCAUUGUGGGAAACGGUUUACGGCCAGCUCCAAUCUGUAUUACCAUAGGAUGACACAUAUAAAAGAAAAACCGCACAAAUGCAGCCUCUGUUCCAAAUCUUUCCCAACGCCGGGCGACUUGAAGUCUCACAUGUACGUCCACAGUGGAUCUUGGCCUUACAAAUGUCACAUCUGUUCUAGAGGCUUCUCAAAACACACAAAUCUCAAGAAUCAUCUAUUUUUGCAUACAGCAAAACAUCAACGCAACAGUGCCAGAGAUGCAACUUGAAUUGCAAUAUAAACAUCAGGUUAUAUACAACAAGAUACGUUAUACAAACGUAAUAUUUAAAGACUUAGUAGUAUAAAAAGUGUGAUAUUAGACUUAUAUAGUUUUAAGUGUUAAAUUAUUCAGAUAUAUUUAAGUUAACAUUAUAGUUUUGUAUUUUAAUAAGGACCACGUACACUAGACCCAACAAAAUUAUAAUUAUAAUAUAUUUGUGACCAAUUUUGUAAUGCGUAAUCAAGUUAAAACAGAAUUCAGUAACCAUCAUAUUAAUUAAAAAGUUUCAAGCCUGUACUCAACAUUUAUUUCAAUUUUGCCUAUUAUUGAUUUUCAAUUUUAAUACAUCUAUUCAUUUUUAAACUAUCAUGGUGAAUAAUUUUCUUACGACCUUGGUAGAUAUACAUUUACGAUUGUUUUGUUAAAAGUGAUAGUUUUCUCGCUGAAUUCAUGUGAAUAAAUUUUGAAUAAGUUUCCUGUUCAAUCAUUGCCUUCUAAAUCAUAAGUCGAUACGUUUGAAUAUAACAUGAACAGCUAGACAAAGUUUGUUUUCAAAAAUAAUCUAUUAGAUUUGUUUGAGAAAUGUCUAUUGAUUAAUAGUGGAUAUUUUAUUUAACAUAAAUCAGAUUUUAAUCUGAAUGCUUGUAUAAAACAAAACGAUUAACUGCUAAUCUAAACUUAACACUGUGGGUUACUAAAUUGGUCUUAGGAAUACUGAUUAAUUGAUUUAAAAAAAAUAAAAAAAAAUAUUUGGAAAUGUAAAACAAAUCCUAGAAAAUUGAAUUUUUUCUGGCUAUUUAUUUUAUUUUUAAUAAUGAGUUUCUUGAGGCUUUAUCACUAAAGAAACAGACACUGCACUGCUCAAUGCAGAAUAAAAUAUAGAUAGUUAUCAAGAAAACAUCCUCCUACCUACAUCUGCACUACUCAUAGUACGUAAGAACAAAAGAACAUAAUAGACAAAAAAUAUCUCUGGUAGGCAGGAGGUUAACGGCCCACGCAAGGUAUUUUAUAGAAAUACAUAUAAACCUACAAAUAAAUAAUCUAUUCUUAUAUAUUAUAUUAAAAAGAGGUAAAAUUUAUGGUAUUGUAGGGGGAAUCUCUAGAGAUUGAUCUGAACCGAUUUAAAAAAUUCUUUUACUACUAAAAAGCCACGUUUUGUUUGAAGUGUCAUAAGUCAUUUUGUAUGCCCGUAUUCUCACGGAAACGAGGACUACGCAGGUGGAACCGCAGGGCGUUAACUAGUAACUUAUAAAAACCUAAACCUACAUUAAAUAAAUAACAUAAAAUAAUAUAAAUAAAAUUGUAAUUGUUUUUAUCGUUAUCAUUAUAUAAUAUGUAUUUUAUGAUUAUAUUAAUCCGUAAUGUGGUACAUUGUUUUAUAGUAUAUUUAUGGUGUAUUGUAUUCAUUUAUUGUAAUGCAAUUUGCUGCCUCACAAGACAUUUAGAUCAUUUAUGUUUAGGUUUUAUGUAUUUGCUUGGAAGAAAUCGCCAUUUGCCUGUAAAAUUACUGAGUUCUUUUGUUAUUUUUCAUUAUACGCAGUAAACUAAUUAUAAACAAAAAUAAAUAGAAACCAGUAGUAUCAUGGGGAUACGUCGAUGCUGUUUAUGUCUGCGGCUACGAACUUUUGUCUUAACUAUCGCACAUUUUAGCGACAGUUUAUAAAUCCGGACGGUGUAAAGUCUCUUUUAUUGCUACAAAUGUCUAUGUUUUUGUGUCAUGAUUUCUUUUUGUUUAAAGCUCCUAAGAUUCUUAAUUUACAUAAUGUUCAUUACUUUGUAAAUAAAUUCCCGCCUUCAUAGUUUUAUAUGUUGUAAAUAUUAACUAACAUUUAUAUAUAAUUAUAUAUGAGCUCCUACAUACACGUAUGUAGAAAUAUCUAUAUUAGAAAUAUACCUACACUACGUAUGUAUAUUGUGAUGUAUUUUUCCGUCCAAAAUUAAUUCAAAAGCGAAUUAUUAAGUUAUGAAAUAAUUAAAUAUUUAUAUACUUAAUUAUAAGUGCCUUUUUGAUUAUCCGAAUAAAUCUUUAUACAAUAAUUAUAA